AUGAUGGUUCGUAAAAGACCUGGUGGUGUAAUUGAUUUGUCAGACUCUGGUGAUUCAGACAUUGGUGGCUCUGAAGAUAAUGAUGUUUCCAGUGACACCUCAAGUUUUGAUCGCCAGCUCUAUGAGAAGUGCCUAAAAGAUUAUAAGAAGAUUAAGGUUUUGAAGAAAAGGUUACAGAUGGCUAUGAGACAUAAGUCAAAGAAGAAGAAAAUUGAAAAGAAGACUAAGGAUGGCUUCACUAGGUUUUCUGCCACGGCUUUUAUGAAUGUGAUAUCUGCUCUGUCCCCUGAGAAGAAGGCUAUCAUUGAGAGUUAUGGUUUUGGAUCUUUGUUGAAGUUCAACAAGUGUUUCGUGCCGAAUAAGUUUGCUAACUGGGUUGCACGUCUAGUUGAUUCGAAAUCUGGUGACAUUAUUCGUGAUGGAAAGGUUAUUUCUCUUACUGAAGAAUCUGUUCAUUUGGUUCUUGAUCUCCCGAAAGGAAGCAGGUGUUUCCCAUCUGAUUCAAGUGCUGGUAGAGAUGUUGUCUUAUCAAAGUUUGGAAAGGAUAGGAUACCUCCUGUUUCAUUUUUUGCUGACAAGUUAAUCAAUAAGGAUGAUUUACCAGAUGAGGAUAUGUUCAUUUGCUUCAUGAUAGUUGCUUUGAGUAGCUUUUUAUGUCCGAAUACCAAUACUGUUCCAAGUCCCAAGUAUUUUGGUGUUUUUGAAGAUAUUGAUCAGAUCAAGGAAUAUAAUUGGUGCGGUUUUGUGUUGGAUUGGUUGCUGGAGCAUAUAAAGGCAUUCACUAGAGGGAAGAAUAAGAAAUCAAAACGUUGUCAAGGUCUUGGUGGUUGCUUAUAUUACCUUGUGGUUGUUUACUUAGAUCACAUUGAUUUCCGCCAGCGUCAAGUUCCAGACUGUAUUCCUCGAAUUUCAGUUUGGAAAGAAGAUAUGAUUCAGUUUUAUGCUAAUCUUGAUGUGAAAUCUCCUGGUGUCUAUGGUUAUAGACCCUUGCUUGAGUUUGAGAAAACUUGCUACUACAAGUGUGUUUGUCUUAGACCAGUAACCUGUGCCGAUGACCUUGAUGUUGAAUUUUGUAAUAAGAUGGAAAGUGUUUCUGGUUGUCAGCUUCCUUUGAGUUUGAAGCUUGAAAUAUCAAGGUUGAUUGAUGAGCAUUGCUUUAAUUCUGGUAUGUCGUUGUCGAUGGAUGUGACUUCUCUUGGGAAUGUUUCAAAGGAAUUUCAAGAUAUGUUUGCAAAGAUGAUGCAUCACAUAUGUAGAAUUGAUGCUAGAUCAAAGGAUUUGGUCGUUGAUAUUAUGCAAGCUAUUUCUAAGACUGUUCCUGAUGACAAUGAUGAAAUUGGUUCUGAUGUUGAUCGAAAUGAAGAUAAUGUAUCUCCUGUUUUAUCUGAGCGAGAAGAAGCUAAUGUUGUUGCUGCUGAGGAUACCUCCCCUGUUAUUUGUACUGGUUCGAGGCCUUUUCUUGAAACCGUUAAGCACCAGACCAAGAAAUCAGAGGCUAUGCAUAAUUCUAAUUUGGAAAAUAUGAGGAUGAGCACACAAACUCCUUGUUUCUCUUUUGGCAAGACUCAUGGUUUUCCUGCUGAUUUAUCUGUUAAUCCUGAAAGUUUGGCCAAUCGUUCUGAUUUUAAAGUCAGGGAUUCUUCAACUGGUGGGAAAGUUCCUCUUCAUGGCCCUAGAAGAAUGGUUUGUCCAAAUAGAGUUCUUAUUAAUGAUUUCAUUGGCAAUGAAGAUAAGUUCAAACCUUCUCCGUCUGAAUUAGCAAAUUACAAAGCUAUCUGUGCCUUGGCCAGUUCUCGUUCUAGCAAUUUGGAUGCUUUGUACUUUGGAGGUGUUCGUUGCACCUACUGGUCCUUAGGUGAAUCUAUGAAGCUUGGUGGUACAGUCAACAAUUAUGUAGUUGCUGCAUUUUGUUAUCAUUUGUUUUGCCGCCCAGAUGGUCAUCCAGACAUAUCUAAGCGUCAUUACUUCUUUCCGAAUAUUUCAGAUAACCUGCUAAAAGAUCAUGAUGAAGUUUUUGGGCAUGUUAUGAUGAAAGCUUUUGAGCGUUCUGCGAAGUCAAGGCCCCUUUUUAAGUCUGAUGUGUUGUAUUUUCCAACUUUCUAUGAGGAUCAUUGGUUUGUAUUCGUCGUUGAUAUCAAGGAUAAUAAGUUUGUUUUUCUUGAUUCUUUGUAUACUGAGGUCCAUGCUUACCAUGAAUAUGUUAGAGGAAAGAUGAUCCCUGAAUUUACAUACUGGUGGGACAAGCUUGUGAAGCGUGAUAUGAAGUUCAAAGACUAUGGUGUCAAAUAUCCUGUUGUGCCCAAGCAGUCUCCAUAUGAUAAUUUUGAUUCAGGAAUUUACAUUAUGAUGUUUCUUGAGUAUUGGACUUCGCCUCGUUCUUCUCUGUGUUCUUUAUUCAGUAGUGACGACAUUCCAAAUAUAAGAGUCAAGUUAGCAAAUGAAAUGUUUUUCAACCCAAGGAACGCUAGGAACAAGAAUCCAGUGAUCACUUUUGAUCAUGAUGAGGAUGGUGGUUAUGAGUAG